CGUUCCGUAGGAGGGUGUGCCGGUGUAAUCUAGAUAGGGUGCGAUAGAACCACCAUAGGAAUUGGUCGGUUUGGAUCAACUUUCUGUAUCCCAUUCCGGCAUGCAUUUCCGUCGCCCACACCAGCAACGAGUAUCGAUCCAUCGUUCGGCGCUCGCCGUUGGCGCAGAGAACGACGAAAACGGAAAAGGACGCGAGAACGGUAAACCAAGAAAGGGGCCGCUGGGYAGUGUCGGGUGUCGCAAACGGUUGUGGAACGCCGUUGGCAUCGUGGGGAUUUGUGCGUGCGUCGAUGUUUUUGCUUACGUUUUGUUCCAGCAGGGUGUGCACCGCGUGGGGGGGUUGUUGCAAGAUCCAGUUUUUUCGUAUCCUUCGUUCGUGGCUUCCAUGGUUGUCACCGGCAAGAGCGAUUCWGUGGACAGGGCGCCRUCGCACACCCWCACAAACGAAUAUGGACGGGGCAGAACAAGCGGAGAACGACGCAAGCCUCUUGCGAAUCGCUGGACGGCAGAAGAGAAACUUAWGGUAGCGGGAAUGAAGAGAGAUUUCGAAACAUUGAACUCUACCGGAAAGCUUUUGCCUUGCAGACUCGACGAAGGCAAUGCAUGCUUUGAUGACUCUGCUCGCCACCGAGUAUUGCUGUACAACCCACUGGCAGAAGGUACGAGAUGCGAAAAGCCGAGAGUGGUUUGUUUCAGUGAAUGAACAGCGAACUUGACUCCGCACCUCUAUUGUCCGCUACUGAAAAAGAUUUGUAUGUGAUGUUUUYUCUCUAUCCAUUUGUCCAUCAAUUYWKAAAUCSAUUUGUCGAUCGAUGGAUCAUAAAGAUCGGUUCUGGUGCGGGAAACGCAUUAUCAGAGGUGGGGGUACUUUGGAAGUUAGGGAGUUUCCUCGUGACUGUAGGGACAAGAAAAACAGGAUUUCGCUGCCCUAUGUCUAUUCCAGAGGACCGCCUGUAAUACCGAGGGAGGGCAGCCCUACUGAUGAUAUACAGGCAAUAGAACUCUCGUGGAAUACGGAUUCGACCUUCGACGACUAUGCGAAACUACUGCAGUGUUCUAUCCCAUGUAGAACAAACGACCCCGAACACCAAAACGUGCAUACGAUAUAUGCCCGGAGCGGCUUCCAAAGCGUUAACACAAUAUACAUCCGGAAUACCAACUUGGAAAUCAAGCAUUCCAUGGAGGGUGAGCAAAUCUACCCAGAAGUUCAYAUUCGAGCUGCUGCUUACAGGGAAAACAUAUUUUACGCGACUACCUCUUUUCGGUCAGAGAUUCCGGUACCCUUCUUUUCGUGGAACGAAUACGACAUUCGGCAUACCGCCGUUGAUUUUGAAACUGCUAUCAAAGGUGCUUCGUUCCUUGCCGCCAACUGCGAAUCUAGCAACAAGCGAGAACAACUGGUGGAAGCAUUGAUCCAUUCAAGAUUGCGGGUCGAUUCUCUUUCGUCGUGUUUGAGAAACGCUAAGGCACCUCCAGGUGUCGACAUGCGCAACAAGACCGCCAUCAUGGAAUUGUAUUUAUUUCAUUUGGCCUUUGAAAACCAGAACGCGGACGACUACAUCACAGAAAAACUAUGGGGCUCGCUAGCGGCUGGGACUCUUCCGGUAUAUUUUGGUGCAAGGAACGUAAAAGACCACGUCCCGGAUAACUCUAUCAUCGUUGCAGAAGACUUCAAAACGUACMAAGAGCUCUCGGAGUAUCUUAUUCGAUUAACAAACGACAAAGAACUCUACGAAAGCUACCACACGUGGCGUUCUCAACCCUUUGACGACGCUUUUAGGAGCAAGUAUGGCUUUACCAAAACGCAUUCCAGUUGUCGAAUAUGCAAAUGGGCAUUUGCAGAGCGACACGGACUGGCUUGGAAUCAUAAGAAACAAACGGUGACUGAGCCCUACAUCGAUCACAAAACCUGUCGAAACAAGGUGGGCUUGAUCGGACAUCCGUUCAAAGAGUACUGGUUUUCUUCAUCGAAAGGAAGUUCCAAAGCCGAUGCACCCAUCGCCUCUACGCAUGCUAUGAAAACUUGCACUCUGGACAGUGAUAACAGGAUUAUUGAAAUCGACCACGGAGCCAUUCGCCGAAAAGUAUUCGAUGGCGACGGCGUCACCGAUCUCAUCAUCGAUGUUGCGAAACGAAAGAGUCACGAUCCUACUAGCAUGGGCAAUAACAAUGCCGAWUCGUACAUUCUUCGGUUGGAGAUGCCACUCAAUACYGCUGGUGCGAAUCAAGRACCUUUUGCUUUGAAYGAUUCGGUUUGGUGGUUCCAAGACGAUCRAUCUAGAUUUUACGUCAUGGUUCAUUCAAGCAACGCCGAUUCCCGGCUUUCCGUCAACAAAUCAGGAAUGGCUGAUAUCAAGAUACGGCCAUCGCUAGAAAGUAGCACCACCACAGGCCGCAUUGCCACAACCACAAGGGUUCGGGUACUAGUAGAAAAUGUGGAUCACUUCCAUGCAAAGACAAAGAAAACCGCUAGUUUAUUUGGGGACGUGAUGAUGAGGGAUUUUUUCGAACCCGUCCAAAGCUUUAAGAUAUUUGAUUGAAAUGUUUUGCUUGCGCAUACUAGUGGUACUAGUAUUGUAGUAAUAGCGUAGUAGUAGUAGUAGUAGUAGUAGUAGUAGUAGUAGUAGUAGUAGUAGUAGAUGCAUUAAUGAUUCUGGAUUGAAAUGCUUUGCUUCCGCUUCGUAGUAGUAGUAGUGUUGUACUUUCACCAGGCAUGGUGUUAUUAUUCUAAAGGAGUUACUACUUGUUUUGUCAUUUUUCGGUAUAUUCUUGUACAGUGGAUUUCUUAGCAAAUGAAGUACAUAGAAAGCU